UCUGCCAAGAUGGCUGUAAAUCGAGCGGCAACUAUGUUGUUCUAUAUUUCAUUGAUGAAUUUUCAACGUUCUUUUUGAAAUACACAUGUGGGCGAUGUCAGAAAGUACACUGGAUGGAAACACGUUGGAAGGGUUGCAGACUGAGAGAAAGUGGCCAAGGGAGUUUGAAAGUGACCAUCAAGAAGAAAGUGUAUGGACUCAGAGAGACAAGUGUGUUUCUUUAGUCUUAUCAGGAAGGAGUUUGGGUCAAUCAAAAAAAAAGAGACGGAAGUUUCGAGAGGGACUGGAUGUUUUGUGUAGAUGGACUGACGGGUUAUUAUAUCUAGGAGUUAUUAUUAAGGUUGAUGAGAAAUUAAAGCGAGCAUUAGUGAGGUUUGAAGAUUCAUCAGAAUAUUGGACUUUGUUCAAAGAUAUGCAAAGAGGAACUAUGCCAGGUGGUGAAAUUGUUUGUGUGAAGUGUGAGAUUGGAGAAUCGGAACCUCCAAAUGAAAUUGUUAUCUGUGACCAUUGCAACUUAGGGUAUCACCAACGUUGUCACAGACCAAAGAUUUCUGCAGAGAUUCUGAAGCCAGAGGUUCCAUGGUUUUGUAGGAAUUGCAUAUUUGCUUCUACAGCAAAGAAAGGAGGGGCUGUCAAGAAGGGAGUUAAUGGUCAUGCUAUGCAACAGAUGAAAAUGGCACUUCCAUAUGAUCUUCACUCCUUAACAUGGGAUGCUCAACACAAGUCUAACAGUGAACAAUGUUAUUGCUACUGUGGAGGCCCAGGAGAGUGGUAUUUAAAGAUGCUGCAAUGUUGUCGGUGUAAGCAGUGGUUUCACGAAGCUUGUCUUCAAUGUUUGGAUGUUCCCCUUUUGUAUGGAGACAGAUUCUACAUCUUUGUCUGUUCAGUGUGUAAUAUUGGUCCAGAGUUUUUAACCAGGCUAGCUCUGAAAUGGACGGAUGUCGCACACCUCAUUAUGUUUAAUCUAACUAUUCAAAAUAACAAGAAAUACUUUGACAUUGACACUUCUAUAGUCCCAUUCCUGAAUUCUAAUUGGUCAUUAUUUCAGCUUCAGGGAGAGCCUGCUACUGUACCUGAAGAGAAGAGGAGAGAAAUAUUAAUGUCAGCUCUACAUAAUAAUAGGAGUAGAUUUAAAUGUGGUAAAGAGAUAAAGAAGAAGACUACUCUCUGGGGCUUGAGGGUUCGCAUCCCUCCUCCAGCUCCCUCAGUCAUCCUACCUGCUAUUGGACCAAUCAAUGAGAAGUCUGCUAGUGAUACAAAAGGAAGACCUAAAAAAGAAAAAGACUAUGCUCUUUUUCGUAUAAGAAAAAAGUUUAAAACCAACGAUUCUCCUUAUGAUUCUUCUACUUCAUCAAAUGGACAUAAAACUACUAGAUGUUCAAUGGAAGCUCAUAAUAAGAAGCGGACUAAUGGUACAAACAGUUCUAGGAGCAGCAUUAAAAGUACUGGUCAGAGCUCAACCAUCAAGCAGGAAGUGCUAGAUGGUGAUGAUAUGUCAUCUUUCACUACACUGGACACUAUCAUCCCUCCACCCAUCAACUUUGAAGGAGUCAAUCAUCCUUUCAUGGACUUAGAUAAACCAGCCAAAAACAUCCCACCAAUAAGACCAAUUAAACAUCAGCUCAGUGAAGAUGAUAUUCAGGUCUUUAAAAAUAGAGAAGUUAAAAAAAAAGUUAAGAAAGUGAAUGAUACCAAAAAAACAUGGCUGAAUGGACAGCUGUAUAGUCUUAAAAAUACAACAAUGGAGUUUGAUAAUGUCUUUGACAGUUCACUAGUCAGCAUUUCUAAGAACUCAGAUCUCUGUACUGGAGACCAGCACUCUAUGGUCAGCAAUUACCUUGGAUCAUCCAGUCGUAUUAUUAAAGGCGAGAAGUUCCGUGUGCUGGCACGGCGAGUAACAUCCCAGGGCAUUGUGCAGUAUCUCAUUGAGUGGGAAGGAACACCAGUGUAACAACAGCAGAAACAAUUACCUAGGUGUCUGUUUUUUCUUCUCCUUAGUUGUUUGGCUCAAGUUCACUGCUACUCUUUCAUGACUUAUUAAUGCGUUUGAAUCCAAUAUACACUGUUCUGGAUGUUGGAAUGCUUUUUUGUUCUUUACUGGAGAGACUGUAAAACAUGGGCCUAAACAAAGUGGAGACCUUAGUUCAAGAAAUUUGUGUACACCUGUCAUCUUUAUUAACUUCAGGUUUUGUAAGAGAUGAAAAAAUCAUAUGUACAUCCACAUUGAUGUUUAAAUAAUUUUUAAGGCUCAAAAAAGUUAAGUUUUGAUCAAAACUUUUAAAGCUGGUGUUAAUAUUUAUAUAUAUGUAUCAAAUUUUAAAAAUUCUUAACAAAUACAGAUUACAUGAUUUUAUAGUCUAUUACAUCUGUAAAAUUAGAGUAAAUACUUAAAUGUACAAAGGGAAGUUUAAAAUAUUACAGGUCAAAGUGAUUUUGUUCUGGAGGCUUCGAUGUGAUGUGUGUCAAAAAUGUUGCCAUGCCUAGCAGUUUAUUUUCCCCCUAUAAAUGUCAGUAUGAUCCAGUAUUAACUAUCCAAUUAAUGACCUGUUUAGAAAAGAAAACACUCAGAUGAAAAUAAUAUGAAUUGUAAUAGAUUCCUCUUGUUUUGUCUGUCUUUAUAUAUAUGUAUAAUUAUUUUGUGUUCCAGAAAAGUAAAACCUGUCAUUUUACUGAUCAUUUCAAUUUUCAGACAAUCAUCCUUUCAUACUAUGUUUUAGUAAACCAUAACAUGUAUUUUUAUGUUUAUUUAUAUAAUGCAAUAAAAUGAUUUUCAUUGAUAAAGUCUUGGAAAGCAAUAUGAAAUCCUGAAUUAAGGACUUUAUUUAACAAGUAAUGGGAAAUUUUUGCAGCCUUUAAAUGUAUUGGCCAUUAGUUUUUGAGCUGUGUUCCAAUUUUGUUUAUACCUGUGGAUCUAACCAAAUAAGGAAGUGCUUGUUUCUUCAGCUUCAUUUUUUCAACUCAUUAUAAAUUUCUGUAAAGUUAUAUUUGUGUCAUUUUCUUAAUCACCUAUUCAAGUUCAAAUAUUAAUUUUUCUCUUCCAUUUUAGUUAUUGUUUUGUUUCAAGAUUUUCAAAAUAACAGAAAGUACAAAACAUAGAAUGUCACUUUCCCAGACUCAUUGGCACAUGUGAUACUUUGAAGUCAUUGUUAAUGUCUGACUAAUGCUUUUUAAAAGUUUUACAUGUAUAUAUUUUUUCCAUGUGCACUUUAAAAAUAAACGUUUUUUUAAGAGAA